AUGGGUGAAUAUUCCAAGUCAGGCUGGUGGGCCUGGUCGACCAAAAAGAAGGUCCUUGUCAUUGGAAGUAUUGGCUUCAUCAUCGUUGCUCUGGGUGUGGGUCUAGGUGCCGGACUGGGACUUGGCCUCAAAGGCGGAGACGAUGACAAUGAUAACGGCAAUGGGGGCAGCGGUCCCGACACGACAACCCCAACAACAAACACAACCACACCAACAAACACCACUGUGAAAUGGCAGCCAGCCGUCGGCACCAAGUGGCAGAUUAUCUUACUGAAAUCGGAGGAGACUAGCCAGAUCGCUACCUCUGUGGACGCCCCAAUCUACGACAUUGAUCUUUUCGACAACAGCAAAGCCGUCAUUUCAGAUCUCCAAGGCAUGGGCCGCAAAGUGAUCUGCUACUUCUCUGCCGGUUCCUUCGAGGAUUGGCGCGAUGACGCUAGCAAGUUCCAGGACGCAGACAAGGGCAGUGAUCUUGACGGAUGGCCCGGCGAGAAAUGGCUGAACCUCAAGUCUGCCAACGUGCGCAAAAUCAUGCAGGCGCGUCUCGAUGUUGCCGUAGCCAAGGGCUGCGAUGGUGUCGACCCUGAUAACAUUGACGGCUACGACAACACGAAUGGACUUGGUCUCACCAAGACCGAUGCUAUUAACUACGUGAACUGGCUUGCCGGCCAGGCUCACAGCCGUGGUCUCUCGAUUGGAUUGAAGAAUAGCGGAGAUAUUAUUGAUUCUGUCAUUCAUAACAUGCAGUGGUGUGUCAAUGAGCAGUGUGCUGAGUACGACGAGUGCGAUACCUAUGCGGCCUUCAUUGAGGCGGACAAGCCUGUCUUCCACAUCGAGUAUCCCAAGGGCGAUACAACCAACAACAACAAGGCUGUAUCGACUACGGAAGUGAACUCCGCAUGUAUAUCCAACGGCGCUGGCAAUUUUUCAACUGUUAUCAAAAACAUGGACUUGGAUACUUGGGUUGAAUACUGCCCGUGA